GUUGCCUGAACCUCUGCCACCCACCUCUGAACCUCACUUUGCCGCAGGGGGGCACUGAACUGAGAAACUGCCUUGUUACAGGUGUCGCCCCUCUGUCUACUCCCUUUCUUACAUCAAGAGGGGAAAAACACGGAACUACCUCUACCCGAUCUGGUCACCAUACGCCUAUUACCUUUACUGUUACAAAUACCGGAUCACCCUCCGGGAGAAGAUGAUGCCUUGUUAUAAAAGCAUCACUUAUAAGGAACAGGAGGACUUGACACUCCGGCCCCGUUCCUGCCUUCAGUGCUCCUGAGUCCCUAGCAGGCCUCCAGGUGGGCAGAAGCACCGAGCAGGGUGAUCACAACCAGCUUAAAGAACUGUAUUCGGCUGGGAACCUGACGGUGCUGGCUACUGACCCCCUGCUCCACCAGGCCCCAGUGCAGUUAGACUUCCACUUCCGCCUCUCCCCCCAGACCUCUGCCCAUUGGCACGGCCUUCUCUGUGACCAUCGGCUCUUCCUGGAUAUCCCAUAUCGGGCCUUGGAUCAAGGGAACCGGGAAAGUUUGACUGCAACACUGGAGUAUGUGGAGGAGAAGACCAGUGUGAACUCCGUGUUUGUAAACUUCCAAAAUGACCGCAAUGACAGAGGUGCCCUACUUCGGGCCUUCAGCUACAUGGGCUUUGAGGUGGUCAGACCAGAUCACCCUGCCCUUCCUCCCUGGGACAAUGUCAUCUUUAUGGUGUAUCCCCUUGAAAGGGACCUUGGUCACCUGCCCAGUGAGCAUGCCUGAACGUGCUUCUGUCUACUCUGUGAGGGGCUGGGAGCCUUGAUAAACGGGACCCAGGAUGUGACUCAGGACACCUUCUUCCAUCUUAGGAAUAAAGGGUAGUGCAAUCC